UUUUUUUUUUUUUCAAUUCAUUUUGGUCUUUAAUUGCUGCUAUCAAUAUCUCUGGCCUUUUCUUGUGUGCGAAUAAGAGAGAGAGGAGUGACGAAGACCCCAGACUUUGUCUCUGUUAUCCCUUUUGAGACUCUCUCUCUAAUUUCUGUAAGCAGCUCUUUGGAUUGGCUUUCGUUUCCGGUGGCUGAAUCGGUGGGUGGUCGAAGGUGGUGGAUUGUCGUCAACGAAUUGUUGGGAGCUUAAGGAAGCUAGGUUUCAGGGUUCUGAAAUGUCGCAAACUUGAGAAAUUUUCGGAAAAGGUUUUAAUCUCGGGGUGCUUCAGUUUAUUUCGCUGAAAAAUUUUCUGGUUUUUGAGUGUGGGACAGAGUUUAUCGCCGACGAUUAUUUGUUCUGUGGUGCCCAGCAACGGUGAUUGUUGGGUUACGCAUGAUUCGUGUUUUUGCAGACUUGGGGUUGGGUUGAUCUUUUAGCUUUUUUCUUUUUCCUAGCUUUUCAUUUUGGAUCAGCUGGUAGGUGAAAGAAAAAGGCAGAUUGACUGGUUGGUGAGAGCAGGGUCGGAACCCUAGAAAUUCAAUCAGAAAAAGUAGUUUGAAUGCUUUGAUAAAUGCCCUUCUUAUCCCAUAGAAACAAACCCUAGAAUUUCAGUUCUGAUGCCGGUAGAUUUAGAUAAUUCGUCUGCGAUGACCGUCUCUACAGCUUCCGGUGAGGCCAGCGUGUCUUCUACCGGCAAUCAACCUGCGCCACCCAAGCCCGCACCCAAGAAAAAACGAAACCUCCCCGGAAUGCCAGAUCCGGACGCGGAGGUGAUUGCUUUGUCUCCCAAGACUCUAAUGGCGACAAAUCGAUUUGUUUGUGAAAUCUGCAACAAAGGGUUCCAGCGAGACCAGAACUUGCAGCUUCAUCGCCGGGGUCAUAAUCUUCCAUGGAAGCUGCGGCAGAGGUCAAGUAAAGAGGUUCGGAAGCGAGUGUAUGUUUGUCCAGAGCCAUCUUGCGUUCAUCACGAUCCGUCGAGAGCUUUGGGCGAUUUGACGGGGAUAAAGAAGCAUUUUUGCAGAAAACAUGGGGAGAAGAAGUGGAAAUGCGACAAGUGUUCGAAGAAAUACGCAGUUCAAUCUGAUUGGAAAGCUCACUCGAAGAUUUGUGGAACAAGGGAGUACAAGUGCGAUUGUGGGACUUUGUUUUCAAGGAGGGAUAGCUUCAUCACCCACAGGGCUUUCUGCGACGCGUUGGCGGAGGAGAGCGCCAAAACCCAGACUCAGACAGCGGUAGCCAAUCCAAAUUCAGAUGAAGACCCAAAGAUCGAGUCACCCCCGCCGCCGCCUCCCCCUCCUCCUCCCCCUGCACCAGCUGUUGCUCCGUCAACUGCUGUAAUAUCAGCAGUUUUGCCGAUACAGAGUCCAGAGUUGCCGGAGAAUCCAACUCAGAUCUUGGAAGAAGCCCCACCAGCUGCCACCGGCCUAAAUGCAAGCUGUAGUAGCAGUACUAGCUCGAGCAGUAAUGGUACCACCAGCAGUAGUGCAUUUGCCAGCUUGUUUGUUUCAUCCACUGCAUCGGCAAGCUUACAACAACCUCAAGCUACUGGAUUCUCUGGCUUAAGCCGAGUCAUGACUCGUCCUGAUCGCCCAACUGAACUCACACCAUCUUCUUCCACAGAGCCCAUUUCUCUCUGCUUAUCCACCAAUCACGGAUCGUCAAUCUUUGGAACUGCUGGGCAAGAGCGCAGGCAAUAUGCGCCACCACCACAGCCUGCCAUGUCUGCCACAGCCCUACUACAGAAGGCAGCUCAAAUGGGUGCGGCUGCAACAAAUGCCUCUCUGCUGCGUGGUUUUGGAAUAGUUUCAUCUACUUCUUCAUCCGGGCAGCAAGAGAAUCUACAGUGGAACCGCCAGCAAAUGGAGCCAGAAAGCACGUCUGUGGCUGCAGGGCUGGGACUUGGGCUUCCCUGCGAUGAAGGUUCCGGGCUGAAGGAACUAAUGAUGGGAACUCCUUCCUUGUUUGGUCCAAAGCAGACUACCCUAGAUCUCUUGGGGUUGGGGAUGGCAGCAAGUGGCAGCCCCUCUGGAGGGUUAUCAGCUUUAAUCACUUCCAUUGGAGGAGGCCUUGAUGUGGCUGCAGCAGCGGCCACAUACAGAGGCGGGGAAUUUGCAGGCAAAGACAUGGGAAGGAGCUGAUUACAUGAGAGGGAAUGAAGAAAUCAUUAUGAGAUAGGCAUGUGGGGAGGUGGUUGUUGUACAGUGGCUUCUGGUCUCUUGGCAUUAGAAAGUAGAAAGCAAUGUUUGUGUAAUUUUUAUCAUCCUGCAGACAGAGAACAGGGCCAUAGGCAGUUGGGUCCUUUUGGGUCUUUAGCUCCUCAACUGUAUAGUUUCCCCUCCUUCCAAGACCUCUACAAAUUUUGCCACCUCAGCAUUUCCAUUUGAAUAAUAAUAAAAAUUUAAUGUAUUAGUCUCCAUUAUAUUUCACCUAUA